AUGUCUUCCAGCGAAUCCAUCUACCUCUCUUCUGAAGACACUCUCGUCGAACGACCCUACGAAGAAACACCCUCCACUGAACCCUCCAUUCCUUUGACUCCCGAGAUGUCCAUAGUAGAAGAACGAUCCGUACCAUGGGACACAGACAAAGAACAAGCAGCGCGGGAAGCGGAAGAAGGGUUUAGCGAGUAUCUGGAAGGACUGGACAAGGACGAACGACGACAAGACGAGAUGAUCAGACUACUCACGGAGGACUUCAACAGACCUUCACCUUCCCGCUCUCCCUCUCCACCGCCCCUUGUCCGCACACAAAGCGAGGGGAUCAUAUUCCCCGAUAGAGAAACGUACCUGACGACUCCCGUCGCUUACAUGAUGGGGCUUAUCGAAGGCACGCCGAACACUGAAUUUGUGUCGGGACCAACACGACCGGAGGUACGAAGAGCAUUAGAGAUCUUAGAAGAGGAAAGGAGUUUUGUCCGACAUGCACAACGAGCCUUACAGAUCAGAGAGGGAACGCUCAUCGCCCGCAUUAAUGCAGGCGAGAGGAAGCUCAUAGGUCUAGACCAGACAACACCUCUUCAGGACACCUUUCAUCCCGCCGACGACAUCACCCCUGUUACCGAAUAUCACAUGCCGACCAUGGCUGUGGUAUCUCGUGCCUCGUCUUCGGCCUCAAAUGGAGCACCACUUCACCCAAUGCCGGGGGCUUAUCCCACGGAACGCGGCAGAGGAAGGGACGUCUAUAGGUUCGCACAACUAUCGCCUCGCUACCACGUCAUACCCGCACGACUGGGCUUAAUCUGCCCUUCUACCCGAACUCGACUUCCCCUUCCCUUCGUCGAGUAUGACUCCAGCGAGUCCGACACCCAGCCCAUCAUCCUCCGUCCUCGAGGUGCUUGA